GGGAGGGAAGGAGGGAGGCAGAAAGUGAGCCCCUCUGGGCGGAGCAGGCAGUGUGUUUCUGCCUUGUUUUGCUGGCUGCCAGUCUUGGGCAGAAGCCCUGGCUUGCAAAGGAUGGGCAACGAGACAGCCAAGGGCAUCGAGGAGGACUAUGGCUACGAUGGGGAUAAUGACACAGACCGAAAUAACACCUGCAACAACUUCCUGGAAACUGAGGUUUUUCUGUAUUAUUCACUUAUUCCAUCAGCUUUCAUUAUCUUAGUGCUGACCUGCCUUGAAAGGAGAGCAAGAAGGUGUUGUUUUGAUGAAAAAUGUCCUGGACUUAGUGGAUAUAUUGGUGUCUUGACGCCCUUUGAUUCUCUCAGCGUGUACAGCAACCGGUGGUCCCUUGGAUUUGCAUUUGGAGUUACUGCUAAUAAAGUGUUGUUCCUGUUUGAUAAGGAAUACAUCCCAGAUGAACUUCCUCGCUGGGCUAUUGUUUUUUGGGUUAUACUCAUGGCCAUUGUAGUGGGCCUCGCCAUGUACCCUUUCUUUGUUUGUCUUGCAACCAGACAACCGAUUGCAGGAGCAAUAUUAGGAUUUCUUUACACAACAGCAUGGUUGACUAUCACAAUCCUAGAUAUUUUGCAGUGUCCUGAGUUAGAUACAAUCAGAGGAUAUAACAACAUAAUUCUAAUAUGGCCUUCCCUGCUAUGUUACCUUUUCCUGCUUGGAAGAUUUGCAUUUAUAUUUGUGAAAGCAGUGAGAGAUCUGCUUGGCCUAGAAUCUAUAAGGGAGGAGAUUUCUUUCCUGGAGGAUCAUCAGGCACAGCAUGUCCACCGUCUGUUGAGGAAACCUCCACUACAGCAGACUCAGAAAUCCUGGAUCCGAAGGAGGCUAUAUGAAUGGGAUCCUCACUUUCUGUUCCCAAGCAGAAUAAUCAGUACUGUUGUGCUAGUUGCCAUCUGCCUUUAUAUGUUUAUCACAUCUGAAUUUAUUACACUGAACCCAAUUUUUGAAGAGAUCAAUAAGGACUUCACAUCCGAUGGACUUAUUUCUGAUGAUAAAACACCACCACUCUUGUAUUAUUUCCAAGAAUUUUUAAGCACCUUAGGAGGUGUUUGGAGGGUCAGCCUGUUUCUUUCCAGUUUCACGUGCUUCAGUUACAUAUUUCACCUCUUAGUCUGCUACAGAAGACAAAUAAAGCUGCUCCGUGCAGGGAAGAGGCUUCACUUUCUGUCAAUAGAUUUUAAGGUGUCGCCUUCUCAUAGUGUGGUUUCAUUAGGAAAGUUCACUUCUUGGCAAGUUGCGUAUAUAAUAUGGGGAUAUCUAGUCAUGCACUUUGUGCUAAUAGUAUUCGGUAUGGUUAUCAUGUACAUUGCAAUUUUGCCAAUGAAGGAAGGUCGAUGGCACGAACUUCUUGACAAAUGGGGAACCGUGAUCCUUUCUAUUGUCAUCGUUAUGGUUAUCAAGAAGCUGCAAGUUAUUCUGGCUGGCAUUUUUUUUCUUCAACCAAAGAUUUCACCAAAAGAUAAGCAAAAACCUUUGGCACUCGAUAACAGGAGAGCAUUCAUCAACUUCAGCUACUUCUUAUUCUUUCACUCUGUGGUGGUGGGUGUUACUUCUUGUCUCAUGAGACUGCUCUACAGCAUCAUCAUAGGAACCUGGUUGAUUGGACGAGUAGAUCGGCCAGUGAUGCCACGGGGCUUUGAAACACGUGACAAUGGGUUCAAUACCUGGGUUCAGAUGCUGUUCCUAGACCACUAUCACACGAAUCCUAUCCUUGUCUGCUUUUGCCAUAUUCUUGAUACUGGAAACAAAGAAAGGCAACAUUGGAAAUCCAGUCCCAAUUAUUCCAUCACUGAACUAACAGAAACAGACUUUAAGAGAAGAGAAUCAUUCCCUACACAUUAUCCAGAAGUGACUUCAGGUUCAAAGGCCAGAGGUAGAGCCAGGACCAGAUGGCUGCUAUUCUACACACUUUUGAAUAACCCGAGUCUGCAGAAAUUCAGGAAACCAAGAUCAGAUCCUCAUUCAAUGGAUUCACCUCAGAACUGUGUUGCCAGAUGAUCUCUGCUGCGAAGGCAGAGCUAUAUAGUAAGGUCACAGAGUAAAUGUUAUUUACACGGGCUGUGAAGAAUUUGAACUAUAGACAAUCUGACUAUGGUGCUACAAAGUGGCUUUUCUGUGACAAAGAUGCCCAAGUUUUAUUUGCUUGCUGCUUGCUUACAGUUCCUGCAAAUUGGCAUCCGCAGUGUUUACAGUAUUUUAUAUGCUAUGAAACACUCCAGGUUCUGUCCCCAAGACACUUUAGCUUGUCUGGUUGGAUUGCUAACAAAAUUGUAUACAAGGCAUUACCUUUCAGUAGACUAAAAUGUCAUUUAAGACAAUCUAAGAAGGCACAUUUUCUUCUUCCACAGUUGGGUGUCUUCUGCAACAUACCAGGCCAGGUUGAUCUGGCAUGGAGUCACAUCCAACAUAGAAAGCCAGCCAGUAUUCAAAGCUCAAUCACCUCUGAGGUGAGAAGCCAAAGAAAUAUAUUGUUUGAAGAGAGGGGCAAGCUUUCCAGAAAACACCAAAUUUGGAAGAUUGUUGUUUUUUUUCUGACCAGUGGUUUGACUCAAAAGUGCUGUCAGGUUAUUUGUCCUCAACAUUUCACAGAAUCAUAGAAAUCAUAGAGUUGGAAGAGACCACAAAGGCCAUCCAGUCCACUCCCCCUGCCAUGCAGGAAAUCACAAUAAAAUCAUCCCCAAC